CCGGAGCCGAAGCCCGAGCCGAAGCCCGAGCCGAAGCCCGAGCAGCCACCGGCCAGAGCAGCCGGUGAUCGUGAUCCCAGCCCUGAGGCCCGCUGCUGUGGCCUGUGGCCCAGGAGAUCCCCAAGCUCCCAGAACUGAAAUGAAGCCACCCACCAGCCCCAAUCCUUCCCCAGAGUUACCAAUGGGGAUCCCAGUGGGGAAGUCGAUGUUGGUGCUUCUCAUCUCUUUGGCCUUCGCCUUGUGCUGCAUUGCUGCUUACCGCCCCAGCGAGACCCUGUGCGGAGGGGAGCUUGUUGACACGCUUCAGUUUGUCUGUUCGGACCGCGGCUUUUACUUCAGCAGGCCUUCAAGCCGUGCCAACCGUCGCAGCCGUGGCAUCGUGGAAGAGUGUUGCUUCCGCCGCUGCGACCUGAACCUCCUGGAGACAUACUGUGCCACCCCCGCCAAGUCCGAGAGGGAUGUGUCAACUCUUCGGACCAUUCUUCCGCGCCUCCUCUUCAGGACGACUUCCCCAGAUACCCCGUGGGCAAAUUUUUCCAAUACGACACCUGGAGAAAGUCCGCCCAACGCCUGCGCAGAGGCCUGCCUGCCCUCCUGCGUGCCCGCCGGGGUCGCAUGCUCGCCAGAGAACUCCAAGCGUUCAGAGAGGCCAACCGUCACCGUCCCCUGAUCGCCUUACCACCCAAAGAUCCCGCCCACGGGGGAGCCUCUUCGGAGAUGUCCAGCAAUCAUCAGUGAACCAAAUUGUUUGGUAAUUCUGCAAUGUAACACCAUCAUUCUGUGACCUCCUCUUGAGCAGGGACAGUUCCAUCACGUCUCACACUAAGAUCUCUCUGCGCCACUUCCUCCCCUAGGCUUCUCCCCACCUACCCCCAUGCCCCGCCUCCCCACGUCAGGCUGCUCCCCUGGCCCCAUACCAUCGGGCAACUCUUCAAAACUAAAUUGAUUGGCUCUAAACAACCCAAAUCCCCCCCCCCAAAUUGUUCUAAAAGAAAAACUUUAAAACAUACAGUCCCUUUAAAAAACAAAUUGGCUUUAAAUUGGCUCUAAACAACCCAAGUAACUCCCCC